GCUGGGCACCUAGAUGAGGCUUUCACUCACAUUCAGGGAGCAAGAGUAUCCCUCCAAGUUGCAUGGACUCCAACUGGGCCCAGCAGUGUCCUGAGUCACAGCGCCUUCCCCCACCCUGCUCUCUGCUCCGAGAUGAGAUCCCCAGCAUUCUUCCCGGGGUCAUCGGCUGCACCUUCCCACUGUAGUACUGCCUUGAUGGAGACCCUUGUAACCUUCAGUUGUGUUUACCGCCUCAAGUUUUAGAGGAAGAAAAGUAGUUUUCCUGUAAGAAUAUUGGGGAUAUUUCCUGUACGAGUAUUGUAAGAAUAUUGUCUUCACUCUUGAAAUGAGAUGAUAGUGGUGGAGGGAAGUUCGUAGAUCAGGAAUGGUUUCUUUCUUACCUGCUUAGUGAAUUUAAUCUUUUUCUUUCUUAUAUUUUUCUUUUUUCACCAAUAUUUUACUGUCUGAUUUCUCUCAGAUCUCUUAGUUCUGUGUGAGGCACAUCCUAGAAAGAUCUUCCCUGUUAGUCCUUAGGAGGGAAAUGUCCCGCUAGAACAUUGUAGGAGUCACUGGUAGUUACGUGGGUGCACAGUGCAGCAUUUCCGUUUCCCAACAGUAAAGAAUGGUUGGGGAUGAAAGCCCAGAAAAACAACUGUUGUCUGUGAUUGGACAUUAGGGUUCUGAGAUUUAGAGGUUGUGACUGCCAAAUUCCUUGAUGUAAGAACAGGAUGAAAACAAAGGAGAAGAGUGCUUGAAAUCAGAAAUGGCUUACUUAAGCAUCUUAUUACCUGUUACAUUUCCGACACCAGGAGUGCUGCUUUAGGCAUGGUAGGAGCUCAGUAAAUACGUUUGAGGAACUUACUUGGGAGUGAGUAAAGAAAAGUCAGACCUCUCAUACACAGUACCUUUUGCAAAGAAUGGAAUGGGCAGAUAGACAGACUCAGUCACAGUAAAAUAACAGCUAACAAAUUUUACCUCCAACUGUACUGAUGCUCAAACUUUCUUGCAUUUAGUCAUGUCAGAGCCUCAGGUAAAAGUUUUCCCUGGAGUCUCGCUUAAUCAACAGUGGCUAGCUAUGAAUGGAAAGUCCAUGAAUAUAGAGCUGCUCAGUCCACAAGGCUGGGUGUCACAGCUGGUCUUCAGUAUGCACCAGAAUCCUGAAGUAGGCUCUAAUGCCAGUGAAGGAAUGGACCUGCUAGGGAGGUGAGAGCAAGGAGGCGAAGAGCAAACGCUUCCUACUUCUAUGUCCUUAUGCAGGCUUCCAGCAGAAGGUGCCGUCCAGAUUAAAGAUAUCAAACUGCUUUCAUGACUAGAUGAAUGGAAACUCAGUGAUUUUUUUUUUUUUUUUAGCUAAGAGCCGACAAGGGGUUGUUCUUGGGCUUCGUUCUUUGGAGCAUACUCUGCAUUCUUUGCACAAGUAUUCCUGCUAUUAAAACCUGCCCUGAAGUUUUAAAAAUGAAGCAGUUGAAAAGGAAAAGGAAAAGCAAUUUUAGUGUUCAGGAAAUUCAGGCCCUUUUGAAAGAAAUUACCAAAAGGAAGGAAGUCAUUUUUUCCAAGCAACUCAACACUGUAGGUGAAGGCGAACAGAGGACAGGGACCGAGGUGAAGAGACAGUACCUUGACUGGCGUGCACUCAUGAAAAGGAAGAGAAUGAAGGCCAACAUGAAGCUGGUUGGUUCUGGGUUUCCUCUACCCACGUCUGAUUUAGACGACUCUCUCACUGAAGAGAUAGAUGAAAAAAUUGCAUUCCGAAAUGAUGCAAAUUUUGACUGGCAGAAUGUGGCGGAUUUCCGAGAUGCAGGUAGAUCCCUAACAGAAGUCAAAGUGGAAGAGGAAGAAAGGGACCCACAAAGCCCAGAGUUUGAGAUUGAGGAAGAGGAAGAAAUGUUGUCAUCUGUCAUACCAGAUUCCAGGAGGGAAAGUGAGCUCCCUGACUUCCCUCACAUUGACGAGUUUUUCACCCUCAAUUCCACACCGUCCAGACCUGCAUAUGAUGAGCCUCAUCUGCUCAUGAAUAUAGAGAAACAGAAACUGGAGCUGGAAAAACGCCGACUGGAUAUUGAGGCAGAAAGUUUGCAUGUGGAAAAGGAGCGGCUCCAAAUAGAGAAGGAGCGCCUGCGCCACCUGGACCUGGAGCACGAGCGUCUGCAGCUGGAGAAGGAGCGGCUGCAGAUCGAGAGAGAGAAGUGGAGGCUGCAGUUGGUUAGCACUGAGAAACCCGCCCUAGAGAACGAUCUUGGCCAGGGGGAGAAGUCCAUACUACAGCCACAGGACAUAGAAGCGGAGAAGUUGAAACUCAAGCGAGAGCGCCUGCAGCUGGAGAAAGAUCGGCUGCAGUUUUUGAAGUUUGAGUCUGAGAAGCUGCAGAUCGAAAAGGAGCGCUUGCAGGUGGAGAAGGAGAGACUGCGAAUUCAGAAAGAAGGGCAUUUGCCUUGACUGUUCUCCGUCCUCUGCUUAGCAAAGGUUUAUGAACUGUAGCUUUCCUAAUCAGUCCAUGUAAAUGUGGUUGGUGAAUUAGCUACCCCAUCGCCACCCCUGUCUGAUGUUAGUGUUUUUAGUAGGAAAAAAAGAUAGUGACACAUAGGUAGCCAUGUGGUUCAAUAGUAUAUUGUAUAAACUCUGUGCCCACCAUAAACAAAUAGCAGAGGAUCUGCUAGACUCUUUCACAUUAGUAAUAUUGCAUAGAGUCCUGUCUUAUUUGUGCGCCCCAAGUUUGCAAUAAUGUCUACAGUGAAGGUCCCACCCAAUGAUUCUCAAGUGGAGUUUGGGCUCCCAGAAGACAUUUGGAGAUGUGGGGAGAUGUUUUUUGGUGGUCAAAGUAGAUGGGUGUAGGCUUCUACUGACAUCAGUAGAGGCUACAGGCUCUGCUAAAUACCAUGUAAUGCCUGGCUUUCCUCUUCACAGGAAAGAAUUACCCAACCCAAAGUAUCACUAGUACCAAGUUUGAGAAACCUAUCCCUGGCCUAACUGUGCUAUCUUCUAAAGUUUUGGAAUAUUAAAGUUUCAGAUAUUUAUGUGCAUAGAUAUUUAAAUGGCCAAAAGCAUAUAACUGUAAGACAUUACUGUGUAGUUUAUUGAAUAUAGGGAGUGGUGGAGAUUGUAGGUACUUUAUAUCCAUGGUGUUGUCUAUCAGUAGAAUGAGACUUAGAAGCAAUCCUGGGACUAUCUGAGAUUGUUUAAAAUGAAUAACUUUGAAAGUCAGUCCCCCCUCAAGAAUGAAUACGCAAUUUGGAAAGCUUUAGUUCCCCCUUUAAAUCUGUUGUAGUUUGAAUAGAGAACUUGCCAUUUCAAUCAUACACUGAAAUGUUAUAUAAGAGAGUGGCAGAAGCUAGUAAAAAUCAUACCAGUGCCAAAUGGUGACAGUAGUCCAUGAUGGUGACCCAAUAAAUUGUUGAUUGAUUUUUUUUUUAAAGUGAAGAACAGUCAUUUGAGACUGAGAGAUGGGGGAAAUGCCCUCUGCAUCAGUAAAAUGGUGUUGAAAUGAUAGAAGUAGCUGUGUGUUAUGGUUAGGGGAAUCAUUUGCUUAACUUAAUAUCUACAAGAAUAUGAAAUGGUAACUUCUUACUUUAGAAUCCGAAGUUCAGAGAAAUCCUGCAGUAAGUAAGGGGCUGAUCUUUAUACAGCAGUAUAUUUUUGUCUUUGCCCCUUCAGAAUGAUUAAACUUUUGAAUUCUGAAAGCAAAGGGCUUGCUGAUUUGCCUUCAGUGUCCUGACGGUAGUUUAUGACAGUAAAGUGCUUUGCACAAUGAGCUGGAAAUGGCUGCACAAGUUCACUUUGUGUUUCCUGUUUUCUAGGAUGAUAGCUUUAAUUACAACACUUCUGUUGACACACUACUUUGAUUCUGUAUUUGUUCCUCAUUAAUUUAUGAAUGGCUAGAAAUCAUGUUUGAAUAUGGGUAUGUAGAGGGAAAACAUACCUGUAAUUCCUUAUUCUGAUUUUGAAAUAGUGUUAUUUUUUUAUAAUUCUAUUAAAAGCUUCUACCUUAGAAAGAAA